UCGCGCGUCUCUGCUGACUGUUCGCGUAGCACGAGUACGAAACGUGAGGGGUAUAGGAAAGGAAGGGGAAAGGAAGGAACGUGCUGUCUCUCUCUCUCUCUCUCUCUCUCUCUCUCUCUCUUCUAUUUCGCCUUGAGAGAGAGAGAGUGAGAGAGCGAUUGAAAAAGAGUGAGGAAGGGAGGAAAGAGAGAAAGGAGCAUAGGGAGGGGAAGGAUAGAGCAUAGUAUCGGCGAUGGUGGGGAGACCGAGAGGAAUCGACGAAUCGCGAACGAGAGGGGAGAAGCCACGGGCAGUGGGUGCACACGUACAAGGCGUAGUGACUGCACGCCGAGUCGGAACGCGGAGCGAGCGAGCGUCGAAUGAACGUUGAUGUCGCAUUUCCGUGCUGUUUUUCUACACGUUAUAAUAUUAUACCAAUUAAAGGAGAACGAUAUUCUCAGUGUCUUCUAUCUUAAUUAAAUCGUAAAUUUAAACAAUGGCAUCGGACGAGGAGGUGGAGGAAAGCUACGCGGGAGAAGAUGAUCUGGAUGAAACUGGAGGUCAGGUUUCUAAUAUUAGUCAACAAGUAGAUGGCUCAUCUGAUGCAGAGAAAUCUCCAAUAUUAGAAGAAGACGAUGAUUAUGAACCAGAAGAAAGAAAGAAAAAGAAAGGUAAAAAGCGGAAAGCACGUAGUGAAGAUAAAAAAGGGAAGAAAAAGAAGAAAAAGAAAAAGUCUGAUUCUGGAGAUGAAAGUGAUUUCGGUGGUGGAGAUGUUGGGGAUGCAGCAGGAGAUGAUAGCGAUUACGCGGGCAAUAGGAAGAGCAGAAAAUCUUCGUCGAGGAAAUCAUCCAGUCAUAACGACUCAGUUACACAAGGACAGGAACCUACAACUGGAAUGCCAACAAUAGAAGAAGUGUGCAACACCUUUGGUUUAACUGAUGUGCAAAUAGAAUAUUCUGAUGCAGAUUUCCAAAAUUUAACAACAUACAAACUGUUUCAACAACAUGUUAGACCACUUUUAGCAAAGGAAAAUCCGAAAGUUCCAAUGUCCAAACUGAUGAUGCUGGUAGCGGCUAAGUGGCGAGACUUCUCCGAGCUGAAUCCACACACCCAACCGGAUGCAGAUGCGUCGUCUACAAAUGUGGAUGACGAUAGCAGAAAUGUAAGAACAAAUCGCAGUGGUCCGGUCCAAGAGGCAGAGGAUGAAGAGGACGACGACGAAGAUAGUGAUCGAAAAAGGAAGUCUAGGGGAACUAGGGCUAAAAAAGGCAAAAAAGCAUCUAAAGUACCAACGCUUAAAAUAAAACUUGGAAAACGUAAAAGGGGAAGUUCAGAUGAAGAGGCAGAGGGAAGCGGGGCAGGUUCUGAUCGCGAUUCCGACAUGGAGUUCGAACAAAUGCUGGCUAAUGCAGAAAAAGGAUCUGGUGGGGAUGGAAACAUGAAAGCAGGCGGAGAAGAGGGUGAAGUGGAACCACCGGCAGAACCUCCUGUUCGCAGAAAGGCAAAAACUAAGAUUGGCAACAAAACUAAGAAAAAAAAGAAGACAAAAACUACAUCUAAAUUUCCAGAUGGUGAAGAAGGUCUUCAGACCGAUCAUCAAGAUUACUGCGAAGUGUGUCAACAAGGUGGAGAAAUCAUAUUAUGUGAUACCUGCCCAAGAGCAUAUCAUUUGGUGUGUUUAGAACCUGAAUUAGAAGAAACACCGGAAGGAAAAUGGAGUUGUCCUCAUUGUGAAGGAGAAGGUAUUGCAGGUGCAGCAGAAGAUGACGAUGAACAUAUGGAAUUUUGUAGAGUGUGUAAAGAUGGAGGUGAAUUGUUGUGUUGUGAUAGUUGCACAAGUGCUUAUCAUACGCAUUGUUUAAAUCCUCCCCUGUCAGAAAUUCCAGAUGGUGACUGGAAAUGUCCUAGGUGUUCUUGUCCGCCAUUGCGUGGCAAAGUUGCAAAAAUAUUAACGUGGAGGUGGAAAGAAUGUCCGGAAACACCAUUAGAAGAACCUUCAACAAGUAAAGCAGCACCAAAGCAACGUAAAAUACGUGAAUUUUUCGUAAAGUGGGCCGAUAUGUCUUAUUGGCAUUGUGAUUGGGUCACAGAAUUACAAUUGGAUGUUUUCCAUCCACUUAUGUUCAGAAAUUACUCGCGUAAAUACGACAUGGAUGAACCACCGAAAUUAGAAGAGCCAUUAGAUGAAAGUGACUCUCGUGUAAAGAGAUUGAAAGAACAAGAUGGUGCUACUAAUAGAGAUGAAUAUAAUUUAGAAGAACGGUUUUAUCGCUAUGGUGUACGUCCUGAAUGGCUUGUUGUUCAUCGAGUCAUUAACCACAGACUUCAACGAGACGGUCGAGCAAUAUAUCUUGUUAAAUGGAGAGAACUAGGCUAUGAUCAAGCUACUUGGGAAGAUGAACACGAAGAUAUACCAGGAUUAAAACAAGCUAUAGAAUAUUAUUUAGAUUUAAGGGCAGCGAAUUGUUGCGAUGGCAGUUCCUCUCGUAAGGGUAAAAAAGGUAAAGGUAAAAAGUCUAAAACACGCGAACUUAUUGAUGACGAAGAGAGAACACCCAAACGUUACACACCACCACCGGAUAAACCAACUACCGAUCUUAAGAAAAAGUACGAACGUCAACCGGAAUAUUUGGAUCAAACAGGAAUGCAAUUGCAUCCUUAUCAAUUAGAGGGCUUAAAUUGGUUGAGGUAUUCAUGGGGACAAGGAAUAGAUACUAUAUUAGCAGAUGAGAUGGGUCUAGGAAAAACCAUACAAACGAUAACAUUUUUAUAUUCUCUUUAUAAAGAAGGACAUUGUAAAGGACCUUUCCUUGUAUCCGUUCCACUCUCAACUAUUAUUAAUUGGGAACGUGAAUUUGAGACCUGGGCACCUGAUUUUUACUGUGUCACCUAUGUUGGUGACAAAGAUAGUAGAAUGGUGAUCCGUGAAAAUGAAUUGUCAUUUGAAGAAGGAGCCGUUCGUGGCAUCCGAGCAUCUAAAAUUCGAUCAUCUCAAAUAAAGUUUAACGUAUUAUUAACAAGUUACGAAUUAAUUUCCAUAGAUUCAGCUUGUCUUGGUUCGAUAGAUUGGGCCGUACUUGUUGUAGAUGAGGCACAUAGAUUGAAGUCGAAUCAGUCCAAAUUUUUCCGAUUACUUGCAUCUUACAAUAUUGCAUAUAAACUUUUGUUAACCGGUACACCAUUGCAGAAUAAUUUAGAAGAAUUGUUCCAUUUAUUGAACUUCUUGUGUCGAGAUAAAUUUAAUGAUCUAGCAGCAUUCCAAAACGAGUUUGCUGAUAUCUCGAAGGAAGAACAAGUGAAAAAAUUACAUGAGAUGCUUGGACCUCACAUGUUACGACGAUUAAAAGCUGACGUCUUGAAGAAUAUGCCAAGCAAAUCGGAAUUCAUAGUCAGAGUUGAAUUAUCACCGAUGCAAAAGAAAUAUUACAAAUACAUCUUAACGAGAAACUUCGAAGCUCUUAAUCCCAAGGGUGGAGGCCAACAAGUAUCAUUAUUAAAUAUAAUGAUGGAUCUUAAAAAGUGCUGCAAUCAUCCCUACUUAUUUCCCGCUGCAUCACAAGAAGCACCAACCGGACCUAACGGAAAUUACGAGACGUCGGCAUUGAUUAAAGCCGCUGGAAAAUUAGUUUUGUUGAGCAAAAUGUUAAAGAAAUUAAGAGAUGAUGGUCAUAGAGUUCUUAUAUUCUCUCAGAUGACUAAAAUGUUGGAUAUACUUGAGGAUUAUUUAGAAGGAGAGGGAUACAAAUAUGAGAGAAUAGAUGGUAACAUUACAGGUGCACAGAGACAGGAAGCUAUCGAUAGAUUUAAUGCUCCUGGUGCACAACAAUUUGUAUUUUUACUUUCUACGCGUGCUGGUGGAUUAGGUAUCAAUUUGGCAACAGCAGAUACCGUAAUCAUUUAUGAUUCUGAUUGGAAUCCACAUAACGACAUUCAAGCUUUCAGUAGAGCACAUAGAAUUGGUCAAGCCAAUAAAGUUAUGAUUUAUAGGUUUGUCACUCGUAACUCAGUGGAAGAAAGAGUAACGCAAGUAGCUAAACGUAAAAUGAUGCUUACACAUUUGGUUGUUCGACCAGGCAUGGGUGGUAAAGGUGCUAAUUUCAGUAAACAAGAACUCGAUGAUAUUCUUCGGUUUGGUACCGAAGAAUUAUUUAAAGAGGAAGAAGGUAAGGAAGAUGAAGCAAUUCAUUACGACGAUAAAGCUGUAGCUGAAUUGUUAGAUAGAAGUAAGGAAGGUAUAGAGCAAAAGGAGAAUUGGGCAAAUGAGUACUUAAGUUCAUUUAAAGUCGCAUCUUACGUGACGAAGGAAGGUGAAACCGAAGAAGAAGCAGAUACUGAGAUUAUUAAGCAGGAAGCUGAAAAUACUGAUCCAGCGUAUUGGAUAAAGUUACUAAGGCAUCAUUAUGAACAACAACAAGAGGAUAUAGCGAGAACACUUGGAAAGGGUAAAAGAGUUCGGAAACAAGUUAAUUAUAAUGAUGGUGGUGUAACGGGUGAUCAAGGUGCAAGGGAUGAUCAACCUUGGCAAGAAAAUUUGUCGGAUUACAACAGCGACUUUAGUGCGCCAAGUGACGAUGAUAAGGAGGACGAUGAUUUCGAUGAAAAGGGUGAUGGAGAUUUGUUAUCUCGUAGAAGUAGACGAAGAUUAGAGAGGAGAGAUGAAAAGGAUAGGCCUCUUCCACCGUUACUUGCUCGAGUAAAUGGUAACAUUGAGGUAUUAGGUUUUAAUGCUAGACAAAGAAAGGCAUUCUUAAAUGCUAUUAUGCGUUAUGGGAUGCCUCCGCAAGAUGCAUUUAAUUCACAAUGGUUGGUACGAGAUUUGAGAGGGAAAUCAGAAAAAAAUUUCAAAGCUUACGUCUCCCUUUUUAUGCGACAUCUUUGCGAGCCAGGUGCGGAUAAUGCGGAAACAUUUGCCGAUGGUGUACCAAGGGAGGGUCUUAGCCGACAACAUGUUUUAACGAGAAUCGGUGUAAUGUCCUUGAUUAGGAAAAAGGUUCAAGAAUUUGAACACAUCAAUGGAUAUUAUUCAAUGCCAGAAAUGAUUCGUAAACCAGUUGAACCUGUAAAGGUAGACGCUACUGGUGACGCAGCAACAGGCACUAGUAGUACAAGUGCAACACCUGCUACUUCAAAUGCACCUAGUCCCAGUCCUGCCGCUACACCAACGCCCACGUCUGCAUCUGGCACGAUGACUAGUGAUAAUAACAAAGCCAAUGCUGACUCAUCAGAGACAAAGGAUUCCAAGGACGACCAAAAGGAAAAAGAGGGUAAUGAUUCUAAAGAUCCCAAAGAAGAUUCAAAGGACAAAGAGGAAAAUGAAGGAAAUAAGGAUAAAGAAAAGGAUAAGGAGGAGAUUAAAAAGGAAAUAAAAAAGGAAAUUAAAAAGGAAGAAAAGGAAACGGAGACGGAUAUAUCGGACAAGGAUAAGGAUAAGAAUGAUGGUAAAGAUGAGAAAGGUACGACGAAGCAUGAUGUAAAAACGGAAACAGGAGAAAAUAAGCAAAAGGAAUCCGAGGAAGAUGUUGUUAUCGUUAAAGACGACGAGGAGGAAACAGAGAAACGAGAGGAUAAGGAUACGAAGGAGAAGGAUACAAAGGACUGUGAUUCUGAAAUACUUAAACCUAAGCGUAAAUUCAUGUUCAAUAUUGCUGACGGUGGUUUCACAGAGCUGCAUACUUUGUGGUUAAAUGAAGAAAAAGCUGCGGUACCUGGUCGUGAAUAUGAAAUUUGGCACCGAAGACACGAUUACUGGUUAUUAGCUGGUAUUGUUACUCAUGGAUACGGUCGUUGGCAAGACAUACAAAAUGAUAUACGAUUUGCAAUAAUAAACGAACCCUUCAAGAUGGAUGUUGGAAAGGGUAACUUUCUAGAAAUAAAAAAUAAAUUUUUGGCUAGGCGUUUCAAGCUUCUAGAACAGGCAUUAGUGAUAGAAGAACAAUUGAGGAGGGCCGCGUACCUGAACUUAACGCAGGAUCCAAAUCAUCCUGCGAUGAGCCUCAAUGCCCGAUUCGCCGAAGUUGAGUGCCUUGCCGAAUCACAUCAACAUCUUAGCAAAGAAAGCCUUGCUGGCAAUAAACCUGCGAACGCAGUACUGCACAAGGUAUUAAAUCAAUUGGAGGAAUUAUUGUCUGAUAUGAAAUCAGAUGUCAGUCGUUUACCUGCGACAUUGGCACGUAUUCCUCCGGUUGCUCAAAGACUUCAAAUGUCCGAGAGGUCGAUAUUGAGUCGAUUAGCAGCAACUGCUCCAGGUGGUAACAGUUCUCAAGCUGGUCAAGCCGCAUUAUUGGCACAACAAUUUCCUGCAGGCUUUUCUGGAGGACAAUUGCCAGCCACCUUUGCAGGAGCCGCUAAUUUUGGAAACUUUAGACCACAAUACUCAGUACCGGGUCAACCACCUCAAGGUUUUACAGGUCAGUGAGACCGAUUCCCUCGCUCGAACAAGAACAAUUGUUAACUUGAUACGAAGAGAUGAUUCUUUCUAUCGUAGCUUGAACAUAAAAUAUUUGAAUUCUAAAAGAAUUCGAAUCAUUGGCGCUGGUUGCAUUAAUUCAACAAUAAUAAUAAUAACAACAACAACAACAACUACAAUAAUAAUAGACGUCAACAACAACAACAACACAGAAUAUUGCGCUGUAUUAUUUUUUUCUUACAAUAUGAUUUUUAGCUGAAUUUUCAUUAUAAAGAGAGGUGGUAAGAUUUGAGGAUUUUUAAAGCGUAAUACACUUUAUUAUUAAAUUACAUUAUAUCUGUAUUUAUUAUGUGUACAUUCGGCAACUAGCAUCAAGAGUUCAUGUUUUAUAUCAAUGCAAGCGGUUUUUAUUCAAGGGAUAUGGAUUAUUUUUUUUAUAUAUAUAUAUAUAUACAUAUAUAUAUAUGCAUGCAUGUACGCAUGUACGCAUGUGUACAUCCAUACAUCAUACAUAAAUACAUAUUAAGAAUGAUUUAUAUCUCUCGAACGAGCCCGCUGUGUGUAUCCAUGUAAUAUUAAGAGUACGUUUUACUUAAAUUUAUUUAAGAACAAAUAAUUUUAUUUGGAAUUUACAACUUUAAGGUGUGCUGAUUUAAACGAUGUAUUCUUGUAAUUUAUUCGUAAAAAAAAAAAAGGAAAAAAAAAACAAAAAAAAAAACAAAAAAAAAAGAAGAAGAAAAAAUAGUGACAAUAGUUCGCUCGGAUGCAAAAGGAUUAAUUAGCUAACUGGCGUGUAAUAAGUGAGAUAUAAUCAGGAGUCAAUAAUUUCUUCGGAUUUCCUCGGAAUUAUGGAAAUUCGUCAGGAUAUAAUACGAGACAGAGAAAGAGAGAGAGAGAGAGAGAGAGAAAGAGCAAGAGAGAGAGUGAGAGAGAGAGAGAGAGAGAGAGAGAGAGAGAGAGAGAGAGAGAUAGGACAUUGAACAAAGGCAAUCAUUUUAGUUAAGACUGACAUUUGAUAUUGUAUCCGAGAGAUUGUCACGCGUGAUGUACUAUUGUAAUGCACGGGUUAUGUUGUUAGUUAUAUGACGAUAUAUAUAUAUAUAUAUUUUUUUCUUUUUUUUUUUCUUUUCUUUUUUUUUUUUUUUUUUUUUCUUAAUUGUAUCUCACAAUUCGAUGCUCGGUCAAUUUUUCAAGUCAAAAUAAUAUUAUAUAAUAGGGGUAAGGUGAGUGAUGAAAAAAAAAAGUUUGUAUGAUUCUCGCAGGAAUAAAUUUAUCAUUCACCAAUA